CCGACUGCACAAGAAGCACUUUGUCUGAGGGGAAAGAGGUGAGGGAGGGGGCGGUGUCGAUAGAAGAAAGACGGGGAGGUGGAGGGGAGCUGAGUCGGAAUUAGCUGGUUAACUUGCACCGCAGACCCCCAGUCCAGGAUCUGGGCGAUAACGCGCGGUGAUCGUGGUCGUGGGGGUCGAGAGAGAUCCAGGUGGAAAGGAGUGGGACAUACAGAAUCGGGAUGCAGCAGGACGCGGGGUUUGGAGGGAACACGCGUGCCUCCUCACGAACCGCGCGCUGUAAUGGAGAUGGUGAUGCACCAAGAACAGAACAGCAGAUUCCUGCAGAGCCACACACGCUGCCCCACAGCCCCGCGACCCAGCGCCAGCCGUUGCAGGGAUAGACGCUGCUCGCUGUUAAAACCUCGCCAAGAAAAAAACGGAUUUCCAAACUGAUGCUCGAGCCAAACAACUGGAUAACAGACUACCUUGCUCCUCCAUUCAUACCCCCACCGCGUCUGCGGGAUGAGACGGGGAUUCGGGACGAACAGAGAGACCUGCUUUGAAAAGACUGCGUUUCACACCACAGGCUUCGCUCUGCUGGUGGUUUUGAGAAACAGAUAAGAAAAAAAAGAGAGGGAUAGAGGGAAAAUAAAAUAAAAGGGAAAGAUGUUUCUGCGAUGCUACCGCGCCAAAUUGUCGGCUUGGGCCGCUCUGUGCGUGCUGGUGCUUUGCUGGUUUUACGUUUUCCCUGUCUACAGACUGCCGAGCGAUAAAGAAAUAGUGGAGGAGGUGCUGAGGCAGGGGGAAGACUGGCAGAAGAACCAGACCGGCAUCGAUUUGUACAGGAAGCUGCUGUCAGAAUGCUGCGAUCCGAAGCGGAUGUUUGCAGUGACCAAGGAGAACUCCCCUGUGGGCAAAGUCCUGUGGUACGAUGGCGAGUUUUACUACUCGCACACCGUCAACAACAACACGUACUCUCUCUUUGUACAGGAAAACCCUUUGCAGCUUCCCCUGAAGAAGUGUGCGGUGGUGGGCAAUGGCGGCAUUCUCAGACACAGCAAGUGUGGCAGGGAUAUCGACCAGGCCGACUUUGUUAUGAGGUGUAACCUUCCACCGAUCUCAAAGGAAUAUGCGGAGGAUGUGGGCACAAAGACACAUCUGGUUACAGCCAACCCAAGCAUCAUAGAGAAAAGAUUUCAGAGCCUUCUGUGGUCAAGAAAAUAUUUUGUGGAUAGUAUGAAGGUCUAUGGCUCGAGCUACAUCUACAUGCCUGCGUUUUCCAUGAGGCCUGGCACAGACCCAUCACUGCGGGCAUAUUACACACUGGCAGAUUCCUCCUCCAACCUCACCAUGCUUUUUGCCAACCCUGAAUUCCUACGCACAGUGGGUAAAUUUUGGAAAUCCCAUGGUGUGCAUGCCAGGCGCCUAUCCACAGGGCUCUUCCUGGUGAGCUUAGCCCUAGGACUGUGUGAGGAAGUCACAACCUACGGCUUCUGGCCGUUUUCUGUCGACCUGGAUCAGCGACCGGUCAGCCACCAUUACUACGACAACAUCCUGCCCUAUAAAUGGUUCCAUGCCAUGCCUGAGGAGUUUGUCCAGCUUUGGCAUCUGCACAAAAGCGGCACGCUUCGUGUGAGGGUGGGACGUUGCGCCCCUCAGGAAGGAGGAAGUUAGAGCACCUUGAAAAGUGAAGCGAUUGUACACAGCUCCAUCUGUCUCCCUACGCAUUCCUGCUGUAAACCCCCAAUCCCCACCCCCACCCUAGCCCAGCUGAUCCCUAAUUACUAUGAGAAUGUCCUCCACCCAUAUGAGCCACACUAGGGAAAAAGGAACACAGUGACACAUGCAGGCACGCACUCACACAGCAUAACAUAUUUACACAUUCCUGAAACUAGCCAUAUCUACCUGUGUUUCUGAAAUUGUGUAUGUGUGCAUGGUUGAGUGUCUGUAUGGAAAGCAUCAUCUGGGACUAAUACAUGUGAAAGUAUGGGAGUGGAUGAUUGGGGGAUGGAUUUUGUGCACUGACUGUGUGUAACUGACAGAAGGGGCAGCUGGAGCACAUUCCCCUCUGGGACUUUGUUAAUCAAGAAUAAAAGAAGUGGAGGGCGGAAAGGGGGACAAAUAAGACUAAAAGACUAGAGAUAAUGGUAGUUCCUAGUAACUUGAAUAGAAGCUAAAUUUAAUAGAGGAAGGGAAAAAAGGUAAACUUUGAAGUUGAGUCAUUAAAAGCCAUCGGCCAAGAUUUUAAAUAGUCUAAAAAUUUUACGUUUGAACCUGGACCUCUCUUCCACUGAAGAUUACCAAAUUCAGUUUCCGUCUUAGCUUCACUUGCUGUCAUCUGCAUUUUAUCCUCGUCAAGCUACAUCUUUUAGCUUGUUGCUGCUAAGGAUGUAAGCUUUAUCUAAUAACGAAAACUCAAUUGAGUGCUGAGGUGAAUAAGAUGACUCUUGAUACAUAUUCAUACUUCAGAGUACGCUGGAUUAAAAUAGGUGCUCUGCUGUUUAUGUCCCUGUUGCCAGGAUAGAUCAUGGUAUCAUUAGCUUGAUCAAGGAGGGCUUUUUUUUCCACCACUCACAUACAUGCCUAACUCAGGGUGAACAUGCUCCGAGUUGACUGAACUAAGUGUUAUCAUCCUUUCUAGAGCCAAGAACGGAGUUUCCCAUCUUUUAUUUAAUCAGUUAGACUCAGUGUUUGAUGAAUCUGUCUUCUAGAACAGGACCAAGGGGAACAUGGGAAAAAACUAGAAGUCUCACACACACAUAUACAAUAGGGGUGCAACGAUA